CCUUUUUUCAUCCUUUGCCAUCCAUCCCCCAACUCACUCACUAUACCGCUCUUUUAAACAGCUGAUUUCCAAGAAAGAAAGGGAUCAUUCGGAAGACAUGUUUAGCAGAUGAUAUAGAGAAGAGCGAUGGAAUCUAUCACAUAGCAGCUCGUUUAAUCUCUCUUGGCACUUUUAGCUUUGGGUAUGAUAUGGCUAGCUUGUUAGCAAUUUAGCUAGCUGACAACCCCGGCUAACGCAGCUAGCGAUGCAAACCUGACUUUCGUUGUGUAAAAUCAAAUAGGAUUUCCUCGCGCUGCGAACAACGUUUGCUGGCUUGUUUUUUCGUUCAUUUUCCUGGAAUCGUUUCGUCUACUGAAAGUGUUUUUGCUCAAAGCAAAUAUAUAGGGUCACGAUAGCCUACUAGCUAAAUACCGGCUAUCUAUAAGGGGCAUGGAACAGCUGGUUAGCAAUCGGGCUGAUGCCAGCUAGCUAACGUUCUACGACUCUUAAUUUCAUUGACCGACAUCUGAAGUGGAUGGAAUGGGCGUUUGCUACCUCUAUUUAGCUACCUCCGCAACACAGUGCAACUGGUUAGCUAUAUAAUAAGCUAGUGAAAUUACUCGGCUAACUAUAUGCAAACACAGGUGUGUCUACUUUUAAGGUUUAGCUAGCUAGUUCGUUAGUUAACUUCAACCAGACAAAGGUAGCUACAGUAGCUAGGCUGAGCCCGGGCAAUAAACUAAUGUAGCGCGAGCUGGUAGCCAGGUAAUGUAACAACAUUGUUAGCUAAGGGGAGACUUAUUUCUCGUCGUAAAAUUAGGCCACAAAACAAAGUACAAAUGUAUUGACAGUGACAGGCAUUGUUUUCCCCAACCAGACUUGCAUUGAUUGUGUGAUCACUGGCCAAUUAGAUAGCGAUUGUGUCUGUCUAUAUGACGUUAGCUCAGGAACACGCAUUGCUAAUUAUAUAUGUUUUUGUCGUGACCUACCUACCUCACUGAAGCCAAUACUGGUGAUUCCACGACGAGUCUAAUAGCAAGCUAAACAGCACUGCUCCUGUUAUUACAUAUCUUGCAAGAUAGCUGCCAACCAUAUCAGACAUUAUUUACAUUCUCCGUUGCAUGUUCUACACGCAAGAAACAUAGUCAAUCAUGCCUGCAUAGAACAUUGAAGUGAGACUCUAGCAUCAUGUAUAUGUAAUGUAUGCAACGCUCAAAGUGAGUACAGUAUUAGACAUAGCUCCCAAAUGAAUUCUUCUGAUAGGGGUUUGAAAUAGAAUGGCAUUCCAUGGUACAGGCCGGCAGCAGACAGUAUGUGGUAACCUGUUCCCCGGAUCCGAGUUAGGCCAUAAGUAUUUUUGCGUCAACACCUCAACUGGAGCCACUUCCACGGGCCUCACUGCAACUCCAAGUCUAACUGGACCCACUGCCCCGGCGGGGACGCCACGACAUCCAACAUCUCUUGGGGGAAGCACCGGCGGCGGGGCCGCUGUACCACAGCCUCAUAGUAGUCCUGCCAGUGAAGUACCAAGCCCUGCUGAGAUGGAGCCUGAUCGACCUAUCGGUUAUGGCGCAUUUGGUGUGGUCUGGUCAGUGACAGACCCUCGUGACGGGCGUAAGGUAGCCCUGAAGAAGAUGCCCAAUGUCUUCCAGAACCUAGUCUCCUGUAAGAGGGUCUUCAGAGAGCUGAGGAUGCUCUGCUUCUUCAAGCACGACAACGUGUUGUCAGCGCUGGACAUUCUGCAGCCUCCACAGAUCGACUGCUUCGAGGAAAUCUACGUGAUCACUGAGCUGAUGCAGAGUGACCUCCACAAAGUUAUUGUGUCUCCCCAGCCCCUCACCACCGACCACAUCAAGGUGUUCCUCUACCAGAUCCUCAGAGGGCUGAAGUACCUGCAUUCUGCUGGCAUCCUGCACAGGGACAUCAAACCUGGGAACCUGUUAGUCAACAGCAACUGCCUGCUCAAGAUCUGUGACUUUGGGCUUGCACGUGUGGAGGAGCCGGACCCAUCUCGUCACAUGACCCAGGAGGUGGUGACUCAGUACUACCGGGCUCCUGAGGUGCUGAUGGGCAGCCGCCAUUACGGCUCUGCCAUAGACGUCUGGUCGGUGGGCUGCAUCUUUGCUGAACUACUGGGUCGACGCAUCCUGUUCCAGGCCCAGAGCCCCAUACAACAGUUGGAUCUGAUCACUGAUCUGCUGGGUACCCCUCCUCUCUCUGCCAUGGCAUCUGCCUGUGAGGGGGCCAGAGCUCACAUCCUGAGAGGACCUCACAAACCGCCGUCGCUCUCUGUGUUAUAUAUGCUGUCGGACGGGGCGAACCACGAGGCCGUGCACCUGUUGUGUCGUAUGCUGGUGUUUGAUCCGGCCAAACGGAUCUCGGGCAGCGACGCCCUCUCCCACCCCUACCUGGACGAGGGCCGUCUGCGCUACCACACGUGCAUGUGUCAGUGCUGCUACUCCGUGCCCAGCGGGCGUGUGUACACGCGUGACUUUGAACCGCCCGCCGACCGGAACUUCAGCCACAGCUACGAUAACAGCCUGCUCUCUGUCUGGCAGGGAAAAGAGCUCAUCCAUCGCUUCAUAACAGAGCACCAGCAGGGUAAACGAGUGCCGCUGUGCAUCAACCCCCAGAGUGCCGCCUUCAAGACCUUCAUCAGGUCUACUGCGUGGCAUUCCUCCAAAGUCUCCAGGAAGGAGGAGAGAUGAAGUGGAGUAUCGUUCAAGUACAAGAAGAAUCAUGGGAAAUUCAGUUUGAUUAAAAUAACAACACUUGCUUUGGUCAAUAUAAUAGAGAUAGGUUUGGGUUUCUCUGGAUGGAGGGGAGGUGUGAAUGAAACAGUACGCCAGCCUCUCAGAGAGAAGAACCGUGUCUGUUGGAGGAAAUGCUCACUUUUACUAAAGACUACAUUUCCCUUCAAUGACAACUACAGUUCCCAACUAUGAAAACUACUAUUGACACUGGUGAAGACUUAACUACACCAAGGCUAUAGGCAUUUCCCCAAUGCUGAAAACUAAAAUGUGCUGCUGAGUUUUUAAAAAAGGAAUAAAGAGGAAAAGUGGUAGAAUAGGGAAAUUAUUGGAAACAUUUAUUACUAGAAGAGUUGAAGUUGGUUGUGUUGUGCUCCAAUCUGGUUUAAGGUGGAGACAAAGGAAUAGCUGUUUAAUUAAUUUAUGUUGAAUAAUUGUUCUGCUCUGUUAAUUUUUAAGUAAUUCCAGCCUCGUGCAAUAUGAUGAAAAGCGUCUAAGCAACGUGCUCCUGGCGAUACCAUAGUCUCUUACCUGUGCUUUUAGUGACUUAGUCAUGUUAAUGUCACAUUGAUGACCCUACCUUUAUCAUUGAUUUGGUUUGAUAGUUUCACUGGGCCCAUUCUCAAUAUCUUCGGUAAACUGGUUUUAGAUCUGCGCCACAAUGCAACCUCUGGCCUUGAGGUUCACCCCGUGCUACUUUUGAAUCUGCCCUUGUCCAUAAGAUCAAACCAUUUCCAAGACAACAAAUUGACCUGGUUCUUUGAUUGGGUGGGGCCACGGGCUUCUGAGGCAGAUGGAGCCUCGCCCAUGUUUUUAAAAUCAUAUUAUUUGAUAUUUUAAUUUGUGUUUAUUUUUAGCUUCUCUGUGAGUGGCGGUUCGAGCUUGAGCACGUGUUGUGCCCAUGUACUGAGUAGUCAGCCCUUUCAGUAUGUGUGUGUAUGUGUGUGUGUGCGCACGCUCACAUGUGUCUGUGUAGAAUUUAAGGGAAAGUGCAGUUUUCUGCUUCAAUGAUUUCAUUACCUCAAAAACAGUUGGAGUCAAAAAGGGAACCCAGAGAGAGUCUACUGGGUGAAGUGUACAUAGACCCAACUCAACUGCUACGCACUGUAACGUGAUGUCAUUCCUUUGUACUAAAUCGCUGUCCUUAACCUCUGUCGCUCCCUCUUGGAGAGAGGGAUGGAAGAUGAGGGACAGAUGGCAGGAGGAACAGCUUGUUGAAAUGUGUUGGUGAAAUGCUGCUGUGUUUUGUUUUUCCUUUAUUGGUUGUUGGUUUAUUUCCAGUUGAGUUCACGGCUCAGGUGUUCCGUUGCAAAGACUGUGGAUCCGACCACACAAAUACACACCGAUAUUAUUCACCAAUAACAGUGUGCCUCAACUCUUUUUUUUUUUCUCCACACAGAGGAACCGCAAAGCUCUGUGCGCUGAAGCUCUUGACUGGAGCUAGUACUAACUAAAAUGAGGCUCCUGAAGACGCUGCACUGUGCUAGUUGGCAUUGCCGUCAUGGCAGUGGUCAGGCCCUUGUCCCGCCACCUGAUGGUGCUAUUGGAAGUGUAGGCUAAGUGGUUGACGGGGAUUGCCAGAAUGUUUCACUUAAACAUGCAUGUCUGUAUUUAUGAUAUAUAAAGAUUUUUUUUAAAGGAAGAGGCUUUUGGAUUUGAAUGCAGUGCAAUGGGAGUUGUCGCCGUGGACAUACCUACCUUGUGGUGAUGUUAAUUAAUUAGAUUUUAGGAAAUAUGAUUCAUAUUUUUAUGUUUUGUGAUGUGAUCCAUUUAAGAGUUAUUUUUUGGUUUCACAACUUUGCUAUUGUCUUUAGUAGAAAGCCCAAGCAGGCUGAGUUUUAGAAGAGCUCACCAGGGUACGUCUCUUUCCCUCACACCCUCCUUUCUUCUCUCUAUCCCCCUCACACUGUCCUCUCGUCUCUGUUAGCCUUUUAUAGCAGAGUCUUUUUCAUUAGGCACCAAAAAAAUCAAACAGACUAAAACUGGGAGGGACUACUUGAACUUGUUCAAUAAGAAACUUGUUGCAAAAUGUUUUCCUACAGUGUGCACUAAGGAGUAUGACUAAUGUAGAAGCCAAUAAGGACAUCCCGUUCCUCACUGGAGGAGCCUCCUCUGGCAGUUCAGUAGCUUAAAGCAGCUUCUUAUCCUCCCCUUCUUUCGUUCAUUGGUGCUGAUAGGAGAAGAGAAGACUGGUCAAAUCCCUAACGGAGAGAAGCACUGUUAGGGAUUUGCUUUCAGAUGUCCAGUUCUCUUCAGAUCUAUGGUCCAUCCCAAAUGACACCCUAUUCCCUUUGUAGUGCACUACUAUUGAGGGUCUGGUCAAAGGUAGUGCACUAAUAUAGGGAAUAGGGUGCCAUUUGGGACUCAUCUACUGAAGGAAAAGGAAGUGAGUCUACAUCCUUUGUUCAUGAGCUCAAUAGGCACUGGAGAGAAGACUACACCUGGGGAUGUUGAUGUUAGAAAUGUUUCUGAUGACAAGAAGAAAAAAAAGUGAUACUUGUGUUGUUUUUUGGGGAUUAUUCUGAAUAUGAAACCGAUGUUGAAUAAUGCUGUUUUGGAAAUGUUAAAAUUCUGUUGGUUGGUUUGUUUUUUUUGUCAUGUUUUAGGAAACGUUUUGGACUUGUGCUCCCAACAAAUACUUGAAUUUCUUAAGAAAACGACUAGUGUAAAGUAGUGAAUGAAUAAAUGGAUAGUCACUGGAUAAUA